AUGAACCGAGAUAGACUACCGAUUCAACCGCAAGAAGGUCUAGAAAUCGAAGAGUCCAAUGUCACCGCUCGUGAUGGUUAUCCAAUUCGAGUACGCACAUAUCGCAAGACAGGUGCUUCUGCUUUACCCCUUUUCAUCUACAUCCAUGGCGGAGGAUUUGUCACUGGAGGUCUCGAGACAGACGAUCGGUACUGUCGCAAGAUCGCGGCAGAAGUCGAUGUCAUGGUUCUCAGCAUCGAAUAUCGACUAGCGCCGGAACACAAGUUUCCAACUGGGUUCGAGGAUUGUUUUGAUGUAUUGAAAUGGGUGGUUCGACCCGAGUCUCAAGAGCAGCUCCAAGUUGAUUUGACCAAAGGAUUCGUCCUCGGGGGAACAUCUGCUGGAGGCAACUUUACAGCUGGAAUAGCUCAUCUCGCGCGAGAUCAGGGUAUUGCCCCUCGAUUGACCGGGUUGGUGUUUCUGGCAUCUAGCUUCUGCCAUCCUGAAGUCCGCCCUGCUCAGUACAGGGAUCGGAUUCUGAGUAUUGAUGAGGUGUAUGACGCGCCAGGCUUGUCACGUAAGAGUAUCGAGUAUUUUGCAGAAAAGUAUGGUGCUCCAUUCUCAGACAAGCGAUAUUCACCCCUUUUGUUCGACUCUCACGCGGAUCUUGCAAAGAAGGCGUUAUUCUCAGGCUUCCUCAUGGAUUCUGGACCACAUGUCCUCUACUCCCAGUAUCUUUAA